ACUUGUUAUAUGAACAGUUUCACUGCGGUUUAUUAGCUGUAUACACAGAAGUGCGUGCUGAAUCCGACAAACGGUGGUCUUGGAAAAGGAUGUGCGUUUUUAGGGGUGUUUAAGUUACGCGCUAUGGCGCCUCUACGCAAAUCCUCUUGGCCAAUCCAGCUGUGCGCCUAAAUCAUACUCGUGAAACAGUCGAAACCUUUACAACAUCAGGGGGGGUAAAGGAGAAGAGGAUGGCGGCUUCAUACAACGGAUCCAACAUAACGACGAACCAAACCAACCAGUUUGUCCAGCCGCCAUGGCGCAUCGCUCUCUGGUCUGUUGCCUACAGCUUCGUGCUGGCGGUGGCGGUGUUUGGAAACCUAAUUGUGAUCUGGAUCAUUCUUGCCCACAAGCGCAUGAGGACAGUGACAAACUACUUUCUGCUGAACCUGGCAUUUUCGGAUGCGUCCAUGGCUGCUUUCAACACUUUAAUAAACUUUAUCUACGCCGCUCACGGGGAGUGGUACUUCGGUGAAGCCUAUUGCAAAUUCCACAAUUUCUUCCCCGUCACAUCCGUGUUUGCAAGCAUCUACUCAAUGACUGCAAUAGCUGUGGACAGGUACAUGGCCAUCAUCCAUCCUCUGAAGCCACGAUUGUCAGCGAAGGUCACCACAGGGGUCAUCAUUUGUAUCUGGAGUCUAGCUGUAGUUUUGGCUUUCCCGCUCUGCUAUUUCUCAACCAUCCGAACUCUCCCCCGCAGGACGAUCUGCUAUGUGGCCUGGCCCCGCAUGGCGGAUGACCCCUUCAUGUAUCAUAUCAUAGUAACAAUUCUGGUCUACGUGCUGCCCUUAGUGGUGAUGGGCAUUACUUACACCAUAGUGGGGCUGACACUAUGGGGAGGUGAGAUCCCUGGAGAUUCAUCUGAUAACUAUCACGGACAGCUCCGGGCUAAAAGGAAGGUGGUUAAGAUGAUGAUCAUUGUAGUGGUGACGUUUGCCCUCUGCUGGCUGCCAUACCAUGUUUACUUCAUCGCAACAGGCCUCAACAAGCGUCUGAGCAAAUGGAAGUACAUCCAGCAGGUUUACCUGUCAGUUAUGUGGCUUGCAAUGAGUUCCACCAUGUACAAUCCCAUCAUCUACUGCUGCCUCAACAGCAGGUUUCGAGCAGGCUUUAAGCAAGCAUUUCGUUGGUGCCCGUUCAUCAAGGUGUCCAGCUACGAUGAGCUGGAACUACGCUCUACACGGCUGACCCAAACACGCCAGAGCAGUAUGUACACACUGACGCGAAUGGAUAACACUAUGGUGGUAGUUUAUGACCCUGCUGAAGGUGAUGGCAACGCUGUAGGCGGCACUGGAAGGAAGCACUCCCUGCCUGGUAGGAAGAGAAGCUACAUCACUUCUCGUCAUACAGAGAUCGCUGGAUGCAGUGAGAACAGUGUGAAAACGCAAAAUGGAAGCACUCCCAGCACUCAGCCUGAGGAAUUCCCUUGAAGAGCAUUUCCAAACAUGUAUACAACAAAACAUUUCCGUGUGUAGACGUUUAUGUGCAUGCAUAAUGCACUGCACAUAUAAACAGUGCGCAUGGUGUUUGCUUAGUUUAGUGAUUUCACCGUGGAGAAAAGCUUAACUCUUCUCCGACUGAGGUCACUCUUUGUUACAAAAACAGUGUAAGAAGCAUUUAAACUCAGCCAGAGUGUCUAUUAACAUCUCUGGCCUACAGCUCAUUUAGUAGAUGACAAAAUUAUUCAGUUCUGAGAGAGAAUGACUAUUAAAAGUCUGAAUAUUCAUCACUGUAAUAAAGCAAGUAUGCCAUACUUUUCAUUUCGGCCUGUAACAGCUGUGAGCUUCAUGUGAUACAAAGGCUGGGCUUUGGAUCUAUUUUCCCCUGAAGCCAUGAAUGAGUGCCUGCAGAGAGUCACCAAUGGAAUAGCUGCUGAUUGAAUUUUUUUCUAGCACCACAUGUGUGGCUCUGAGUGUAACUCUUGGUUAUGUAACUGUUGUAAGGAGCAUUUCCUGGUGACCUACAACAAGCCAGAGGUGAAAUCCAGUAAACAUUUCCAGCAUGUCAGUAAACAGGCAAGCUCGAUGAGCUUACUGAAAGCAAACUAACCAUCCAGAGGCUAGAGUGUCAUUUAUUUUAUUUUUUUUGGUAAAAAGAAAAUACAGGAAGUUGCAUAAUGAAGUGCAGUAUACUGCUUGCUUAAAAUGCCUUUCUACAACAAGUAGUGAAAAAAAGAGAAUAAUGUUGGCCUGCCACUGCCACCGGUGCUGCUGCUGAUGUUUCAACGCUGUUUUCCUGUGUCACAUGUUGAUUCUUGCUUGUAUGAGCAUCAGGUGUUGAGAUGGCACCGGGCAGCACACCAACCUGUGUUAUGUUGAGCUUACAGUAAAGUGGAACAUACUGUGACGGAUCCUCUCCGAAUCAGUAUUCAUCGAGACUCGGAUGUGACUGGUAGUGACUGAGAACAUUUUCACUUAGUGGACUCUGAGAUUUUGCUGUUGAGGGAUUUCUCACUUGUUUCAGUAAUUAAACAUAUUCAUAGUUUUAGUUUCCUACUGAACAAAACUAGUUUAAAAAUAAAGCAAAAAAGCAACAAAAAAAAAAAAGAUUAGCUGUAUAAUUGUGAUGAAAGUAGUUUCAGUAUUUUGUCAUGUAUAUUCCAUGUUGACUCACGCAUAGCAAAGAGUUCCCAGACAUUCAUCUGCCACAUAGUAAAGAAAGUAAUAGUUAAUUUUUUUUUUUAAAUCAGCCAUAACGUAGAGCCAUACAAACACCACACAAAUGUCCUUAAUUAUCCCCAACAGAUUUGAAUUUUACAAGACUCAUGAAAGUAUUUUUGAAGAAUGUACAUUUCAGUGUUUUGCUUUUUUUUUUAAGUUGUCUAAUCAUUUUUUUAUUAAGGUUGUAUAAAUAUUUGUAUGUAAUAAUCAAGCCAUUUUUAAACAUGUUUGUUUGAAUGUACAGCACAGUGUGUGCCUCUCUCUGUUAAGUGGUGACUGUAUUUUUUCUUGUGUCGUUACGAUUUUUUUUUUUCAGCCUGGGCCUCUUUCUUUGUUUUUGAUGUAAAAGAAGUAUUCUUUAACCAAAUAGUUAUUAUACCUGGUAAGUGUCAAAUAAUUAAUAUUAACUUUGUAAUUCUAUAUAAUAUUUCUUAUAUGAAGGCCUCCAAAAGAUUUCUCAUUGCUCUGCAGUGGUGAGUACUGAUAUAUUUGCUUAUUGUGGCUUUACUGCAUUUUGGUCUUCUUUGUAGCAUUAUGAGUGUUUACAAGUGAUUAAACAUGCCUAUGAUGAAAUGUAGCUGUGACUUAUUGCAAACUUUUAAUGAGAAAAAGAAAAGUGUGUUAAAUGUCAUAAAAACAACAGGAGGGUAUCCUAAUAAUCCUCAGCUUUUCAGAAUUGCUGUUUAUUUAUACUUCAAAAUAUUAUACUGUACAGCAUAGAUUCAACAUAAUGGGGAAAAAGUGCAUGAAUCCAAGAAUGAUGUUUUGUGCAGUUAGCUCGGCCACAUGCAGUAAAUUACCAUGUUUAGACAAUUUGAUUUUGCAGUUAUGAGAUCGUUUUCUCUUUAUUAUUCAUCUUGCGUCAUCUUUUCAUUAUUGUGAUGUAUUUCUGUGUCGACCUCGGUCGGUGUGUUUGAAUAUUUUACAUGUGCUGUUGUAAAUAUCAGCUAACUGAAUUUUGAAAAGUGAGUCCUUAGUAGAAAAAAAAUAAAUAACAAGAGAUGAGCUAAUUUUUGGCAAUCAGAGAUUAAAAACACAGCAAACUGUAUUUGAUGUGUGCAUGCCUAAUCCUAAACAUUGCUCUCUGUAGACAUUAUCGCUGCACAGCACACAGACUUUAAUCCUGCUCUCUGUCAUUAUGUCAGUUUUAGUGCCUGCAGUUACUGAACGAUAACUCACAUCUAUUUUGUGGUUUAGCAGCUGCUGUCUGACUAGUGAAAUGCAGUGCAAAGAUCAGUCAUCAUGAAAGGGAAAAAAAAA